AUUUAAUCUAUUAAUCCAAAUUAUCUCUCAAAUGAUGUGCAACAGACGGUAGAGUGGAUAGGGACUGGGGCUUUUACCUCGUCCUUCUUCCAGCUUAUCAUCCUUGCUGGUGCUUAGUCCACAUUCACUUUACGCGUUUGCAACCUCCUCUUCACCUAUAUAUUAUUAUCUCCUCUUGUCCAAUGCGCAGACGAUUUUAAGGGCUUAGUCACCCAACCGGCCAGCGCUGUUGCCAGCUCAGGCUCAAACAUCGACAAGUUGGUCAUGUUGGUUUUCCAUGCUUUUCACUUUUGAUUUCACGGUUCUCAGGUUCCGAGUUUGAAUUUCGUGUUGUCCUUGGAGUCUGCUGAAAUUGCAAUUAUAGAAAUUUCUUGCAGACUUGGCGCUUCGAUUCUUAGGUGUCACGUUUUCAGGAAAUCGAAAUGCCCGUUGACAAAAUAUGAGGGACUGGCUUUAAAAAGAAUUUUGAUGCAAAAAAGCAGUAAAUGGUCUUUUUGAGGAAGAAAUCAUAUGUAAUAUCUACAGAGGUUGAGGGGGUGGAUUUGAGAAAGCACUGUGAGUUUCCUUACGAAAACGGAAAUCACAUGUACCAAUCUGGAUUAGAGGCCAGAAAAAGUCUUUGUUAAACCAACGACUCAGGGAGCUUAAACCUGACGCCAAGUCUUUGUUUUAUUUAUUUAUUUCUGUCUACUGAUGACAAGUUUCUGUUCUAUGAGAGAGUAAGUCAAAAGUAAAGCGUCAUCAAAUUCCUGGACCUGAGAAAGCGGUAUAGUAAAGUUGAGGAGAACGAUUUUCGUUCAGUAUAUGCUCCUCAACAAUCCUGCUCUCAAAGUUUAGUUCUUGUGGACGGAAUAGCUGGUGUGUUCUAGGCUGGGCUUUUUCUUGGAAAAGACAGAGUUCACCUUUUUCUUUAUCCUUUAUCCUACGCACUGGAAUUAGAUGAGGCUGAUGUUAUGGUUGGAAUCGGAAUAAGCAUAAAUGGAAGAUUUAUGAUAUUCCAGAGUUCACAAAGGUUUUUGUGAAUCAAGAUGUCAAGAGAAAUAUCAACAGCUGAAGUCAGAUUAGUUCGUUGCCCCAAGUGUGAGAGGGUUCUUCCUGAGAUUGCUGACGUUCUUCCUCUUUACCGAUGCGGCGGUUGCCAAACCGCACUUCAAGCAAAGAAUCGUGGCGCGCCAAAGAGCGCCUCAAAAGUAAGUGAAACAAAAGCUGAAGCAAUUCGUUUGCCAUUGGGAAAGACGGAAAAGAAUGGUGCAGAUAGCCGUGUGGAGGAAGUCUCUUGUGUCGAAGCCAAAGGGCGGAGGCAGCAUGUGGAUGGCCUCACCCAUGAAUACCAAUCUUAUGAGGACAAGAAACUAAAUUGGGGGAGCGAGUCGUCAUCAUCGGAUGACAAUGGGGGUAGGUGUUGUGAAAGAGUAUCAGAUGAGUGUUUUCAAGGUGAAAAGGAGGAGAUUAAUUUGGCACAAUUUGACAAUUCAAGAAAGCUGUCCCAUAAUUCCACAACAGUCGGACCUCACCCGACUCAUAAGUACAGGCAGAGACAGCUCAUAUCUGAUACAAAAAACCCCCUUUAUCAGCCGCACUCUGAAAGCAGACAACUAAGGGAAAAGGCAGAAGAAAUAUCAGAUGGAUCAUCAGACAAACUUUACCCGCCACAUAGGAACAGGUUGGUGAACAGUUUAGGUUCGAGUUCAUCUGAUGAGGUACUUAACAUUUCUCCUCGCCCUCGCCAAGAUACCGGCUCCGCCCACUUGAAAACUCAUAAUACCGUCUCUAAUCUUAUGCCACCAGAUUCAUCGUCAAAAGGUUUAGAUAGGUUGGAGGUCAGUGAUAGAGUAUUUGUGAAACCUUCUUGGGUUUCUGGACAUCAUUCUCCUCUGAUUUCUCAUGAAGAAGCCAAUAGAGUAGAGGCUAGGUCUAGUGUGGCAGGGUUCAGAAAAGGACUACCAGGCCAAGUGCCAAGCAAUGGGAGAGUUUUGCACAGGCCAGUUGAUGACUCUAGUGCCGAGUGGGAUUAUUCUGUUCAGAUAGAUGGUGAAGUGGACCAUCCAAUGGAUCAUAUGAUACCAAACCCAUAUAACUUGCAAUCUGCACCUAAGAAUGUGAACUUCGGUUUGUUGACAGAUCAAUCAAAAUCUACUCAACUUGAGCAGCAAUUACAGAGAACAGAAAUGGACAUGGAUUGGCAAAAGCAUAACCACCAUAAUUUGCAUUCUCAAGUGAGGGAAAAGAGCUUGGAAUAUAGUAUUGGACCAAAUAAAAUGGAUUAUAAGCAGAUUACUGACAACUUUCAGUCUUCACAGCAUGUUCAACAGAGCCGAGAUGUUAGAGGUAGAUGGCCUCACUUGUCAGGUUACAAGCCACUGGAAUCAGACAGACCAGAGUUUUACUUGAAUUCCAAAGGUUCGUCACAGUUCAAUGAAAACUAUGACUAUGGAGAAUUUGAUUACAAUGGAAACUUACCACAAAUGUAUGAAACUGAAUACCAAAUCUUACAAAAACGGAUGGAACUACUAAAUAAACUAGAUGAGUUGAGAGAUCAGCUUAGUAGGUCAUGUCAGGUUCCCUAUUCUUCAACUGUGCAAACUCAACGCAACAUCGGCAGGAGGGUUAUGACCCCUGGAUCUAGGCCAAUAGUGAUGGAGAGAUGGCGGUCUCAAAAUGGACAUUCUGGUGGGUUUUUUCCUACUGUGAAUGAUGUGGAGUCUUCUUGUGGGGACUACUCAGAUAGAUCACAACAAAGUUCAGGGCAGCUGGUGUAUGGUCCAAAGAUGCAGUCCAUUCCCCGGGUUGAACAACACCAAAUGCAUAUUGCAAACGAGUCAUUGCAUGGAGUGAUGGAUGAAGAAGACAUAUCAAAUGGAUUUGCAUCAAAGCAUAUAAAUCCUCAGGAUUUUGGGCACAGGAUGUCCCAUGGAUAUGUUGAGAAAAGAAAUGCCACUUCUCACAGAAUCCCACAGUCAUCAUAUUCUGGGGAACAGGGUCUAAAUCCACAGCAUCAGAAUUAUCCUUUCUCUCAUCGAUCUGUUAAUGAAGAGCAGACUACUUGUGCUUGUUGUUCAAGGCUUUCUUUGCAGCACCCAGGAGGUUGCUGUUCGCAUGCUUAUCAAGAUGGAAAUGCAUGCCAUAUGCCAUUACACAUGCCACCAACUGCUUUCUGCCAGCAGCAGUUGCACACUGCAGCUACUCAUUUGCACUUCAAUAAUUCCUUUCCAACUCGUGUUAAAGCACGAGAUGCCCCAGCUCAUAAGCAUCCUUGCUCAUAUCAUGAAGUUUCAGAUAUUCAGAAGUCUAAAUCACAAGAGUCUGAACAAAUUCUUUAUCAAGAAAAGAAAUAUGCACCAGGACCAGUGACUAGAAAGCACAUAACUUUGUCAUGCUCACCCUUUGCAGGUGGUGCACCCUUUGUUCUUUGUGAUAAUUGUUUGCAGUUGCUACUAAUACCUAGAGAUUUAUCUCCCAAAAUGAAGAAAAAGCAUAAACUUCGAUGUGGUACUUGUUUCAGUAUUUUUGUAUUCACGGUUUGGUCUAAGAGACAAGGUAUAACUGUGGCCAAACAUAUUGACUAUCCAUCCAGGCACAUGCAGGGAAGUCAUUCUAAAGUUCAAGACCUUGGAAUUUCAGCUGCCAACCAUGCCACUAGUUCUUCUAGUGCCAUUCAAAAUAUGCUCACAAAUGUGAGAGAUAUCCAUGACAGUCCUCAUUCACAUGUCGAUGAUUCUGACAUCUAUAUGUCAAAGAGUCAAUCUGCUCAUGGGAAACAGGAUUCCCUUCAAUUAGCUCCUACCGUUCAGAAUGGUUUAUUAAAAUGCUGUUCUGUAUCAAGCAAGCCUCAUCUUCCCAUGGUUAGUCUAGAUGAAAAAUUUAAAGAUUUUCCUGUUCAGGAUUGUGAUUCCUCACCAAAAUAUUUGCGUGACAUGAGAAGCUAUCAGGCUAGGGACAAUUUUACUAUGGCUGAAGGGCCUCCAGCACCAGAUAUGGCAUCACCUAUUGCAGGCUCCCCACUUCAUGAGCAUUUUGGUUACUCUUCACCUUUGGAGAUGAUAAACAAGGUUCGCCUUGAAAAGGCUACUGUUACUAGUCACCAAAAGAGUGUGGAGUCAGGAAACUUAAGCCAUUCCGAUAACACUUUUGGCUGGAAGCAUACAAAGAUAGCUACCAAGCCUGAUGUGGCUGAAAUGGAAAAUCAAGAAGAGCUGUCAAAAGAGUCGAGCUGGAGUUGGAACACUUCUAUUAAAGGAUUUUUCAAAAAGAGUUUCAAAGAUUUGAAGAAAGGUAAUCAAGGGUCAGAAGCUGUUAGGUCAAAUGUUUUUGUAAAUGGUAGGCCUAUAUCUGACAAUUUGGUGAAGAAGGCUGAGGAAUAUGCUGGACCCAUCCAACCUGGACAUUACUGGUAUGACUACCAAGCUGGGUUUUGGGGUGUUAUGGGGGAGCCUUGUCUGGGCAUCAUACCACCUUUCAUAGAUGAAUUCAAUUGUCCCAUGCCACGGGACUGUGCUGGUGGAAAGACUCGCAUUUUAGUAAAUGGUAGAGAGCUCCAUCAGAAGGACUUGGAUCGACUUGCUGGCAGAGGUCUACCAAUCACAAAAGACAAGUCUUAUCACAUUGAAAUCAGUGGAAGAGUUGUGGAUAAAGCAACCAAUACUGAGCUAAAGAGUCUUGGCAAACUUGCACCAACGCUUGAGAAAGAAGGUCAUGGACUUGGCAUGCGUGCCCCAAGGAAAAGAUUGUAACUGAUAACUUUCUUGUAGCUUUCACAAUCUAGAUAAACUUUGGUCUCAUCUCUUGAUAGUGUGGCUAAGGCUGAGAGGAGAUUUAUGUACCCUGAUUAGAAAGAAUGGAUUAAUCCUGGAUUGCUGAAAAAACAUGAAAAUGACUGGUACGGAAUCUUCUACAGAAGCAAUCAAUUCCAGAACAAAAGUCAUACACCAGUUUUAUUCUUUCAGGUUUUGUGCAAUAUGUUUAUGAUACAACAAUUACUAUUCAUUUAUUCAAAAUUCUAUGGGUUUGGUUUGUUUAUUGCUCCUGCUAGCAUGCAGAUCGUUCUCUCCCCGUCUCUCUCACAUGGAGAGUCGUGUGUUGUAAUGUACUUCGGAAUUACCUUUAAUGCAUAAAAGGUUGUCACCUUGGCCAUUUCACGUCUUGUAAAGCAUAGUUACAGAUAAAUGCAAUUCAUUAAAGAAGUUUACCUCCAAUGAGAAAAAGUAAAAUGUUAAUUGUCACUAAUUUUGCAAAGUCGUCUAGCUAUUCAUUCAUCAGGGACCUUGUAUGAUAUCUUCACGUAGAAGGAAAACAUGAUAAUGCUUUUUAUGUGCUAUAGCUGCUAUUCCCUGUAAUUAUAUUAUUUUAUAUUCGUUGGAAAUAUUAACUGACAAUGUAUGUAAUUAUGAGAGCAUUUUGAACAUUUUUUAUGACGUUUGGUUGUGACAUUCUUGUAUUUUUGAAGAUAAAGUCUGUUCAUAUUUAUGUGCUAGAAAUACCCAACUAGCACGUAUCCAAUUUAAUAUUA